GUGGCUCAGUGUACUAUGUGCUGUCAUUCGUGUCAGUCAUAGAGGAAUAAAAAUAUUAUUCUUUGCAUUUUUUUUUUCACUUGUGAAGUAUAUUUUCACACAACUAAUCGCGCAAUUCCAUCUUGACGGUGGUUCUCCACUAAAAAACGCCUUUGUUUUGUGUGUUCAUAUUAUUUGUUUAUGCAAUAAUAUAGACUGUACGGAGAGACAUCAAGUUUUUUACGGAACAACCCGAAAAGUGAUUGAGAAAUGUUCGCAGCACGGGGACCGUUGUUUUCGCGAGCGAUGGCACAAUUUGCUCGCAAUGGCAAAUUAUUAGGUGUUGCUAGAAAUACGAAGCAAUUGCAAUCGAUGCCCGUUCGGUACAGUGGCCAUUGGACCUAUCGUACUGGUAUAACAAGUAACCCACUUUAUAAACGAGCCGUCGUUCAAAUGGCUGGAGGAUUUAUGUGGUGGUGGAUUAUCUGGCAUUUAUACUGGGAUUUCGGUCAUAUUGUCGGUGAAUUCCCAUACCCAGACACAUCAGCGUGGACAGAUGAAGAAUUAGGAAUACCACCAGAUGAUGAGGAAUAGAUCACAAAAAUAAACAACAACAACAACAAAAAUCAACCACAAUCAACGCUACCAAUAAACGAGAGGAAUUCUAAUCAUAUUGUGCAAACAACAGCCACACAAAAAGAAAAACAAUUUAUUCUCGUGCUGUAAUCGAUAGUGAAAUAAAUUCGAUUUUAUUUAGUUUAUACAAAUGA